AUGGUCUCGCCAGACCUCGAUCAAGAUAUCUCGCCGGUGCCCCGAUCUCGUGAGGAGAACCAAGAGCGGGCUUUCAUCGCGGCGUCGCGGCGUAAGGACCGCAGCCUGGAUGCUCGUCUAGAGUCCGCCAACCGGGCGUCAAUGCUGCAUAAGAAGCGCACCGGUAAAGCCUUUCACAUCACGAAAGAGAUUGUAGAGAAAGAGGCCAUGUACGAGGAGGUCGAUGAGCGCUAUCAAGAAAAACGCAUCCGGAUGCUGCAAGCACAGAACAUGCAGAUCGAGGAGCAGUUCCAUCGCCACUUGUUGGCGGCCUUUGCUGCUCGAAGCAACUCUAACUCGACAGCUUCGUCCAUCGCCAGUCGGCGCGCAAGUCUGGCACCACACGCUUCUGGGGACGCCAUCAACGCUCGGAAGAUGAGUCUCGAUCUCUCCAACUUACGCUCUCCUUUCCCUGCUGGACCAGGGUCUGCUUCGAUGGCCAGUCCAGCCACUACCGGGGACGGUUACUUGCUUUCCCCCUCUGCCACGUCCACCUAUGAUCCCAAUACGCAACAAUACCUCGGAAGCUGUGCUGACGGCUCCGCUCACUACCCCACGCACAUGGUCACUGUCGCCACUCCAUCGGCACAGAUCCCAGCAUACGCGUUCCAACCCCAGACGCCCACGCCUACUUGGGGUCAGAUGAAUUGGGCACCAUAUCAACAUCAGGUGCCCACUCCCUCUCAGACGCCAAGUGAUGCGCACGCCGUCCGUAUGUGGCAACAGCAGAUGAUGCAACACGCCCAAAUGCCUGCGGACGCCGCCGCCGCGAUUCAGAUGCGACAAUUCCGGGAUCGCUUGGCUUCAGCGCCAGAGCUAUCGGUACAACAUCUUGCUCAGCCGAGCCAGCAUUCCAUGGCGCCUACCGCCUCCAUCUCCGGUCCCAGCAGUAGCCACGGUCACGGUCAUUCUCGUGGACACUCCCAGCCCAGCAACGACCCUCGCAACAAUCUUCAGCUUCUUACUCAAGGCACACACCUCGCCCACUUGACGCCUUCCAACACGAGCUCCCCACAAGUCGAGUCUUUCUCCACAGAGACCCAGUCCACACCCGAGUUCUGCCCCACUCCCAACACACCUCUUUCCCCCACAGCGAUGAAUACCUUGCACAAUGGAGGAAUGAUCCCCAAGAUGGAUGGCGAUGGCGGUGAAGGACUCAUGGUCUCGCAUGAGGAAUCAGAUCCAGAUUUCAAUGAAUUCAGCGAAUUUGCGCUCGGUCUUCCCACCGGCUCUGGGUCUUUUUCCGACCGAGAACCUUUUGGUUUUGACGAAUUCGUGGCACUGGAUGAUUUUGGCACCGUUUCUUGCUAA